UACGGCCGUGGGUCGCGCACGAGGCACGUGGAGGCGAAGGAGGCUGAAGGCGCGACGCCACCGACCCCGUGCCGCCGUCGCCUGCCAUCGCCGAUCGUAGCCGACGCGCGGGGUGAACACCGUACGCGGCGAUGCGCGCGGCGCGUCAGUCGCACACACGCGCCGACCCGAGCGGCCGCCCUUUCUGUCGCACUCGCGCCUAAUUUUGACACGACCUUACGGAUUUGUUUUCAUAUUUACAAUCAGUGGUAAAUCGAUAUUGAAUGAAAAAUAUUCGGUGGUGUGUGUUUCGAGCUAUUUUUAAACGUGACGGUGAAUUUUCGAAGCGAGUUUCCUGUGAUCGGUAUUUCGGAAAAUAAUUUUCCUCGGAGGACGGCGUCUUUGGGCGCUGCGCGACGGCGGAGUAGCGGCGGUGGCGGGUCGGUGGAUGGUGCGGGGCGGCCGAGGGCGCGGGCGGGCGCCGGGGCGCGGCCGGCGGCGCCGCUAGCAAAAUGUCGAUACCCUUGGGCCGGGACACCGCGCUACCCACGCAGUGCAUGGCGCGAGCACUAUACGACAACAUAGCGGAGUCGCCGGACGAGCUGGCGUUCCGGCGCGGCGACCUGCUCACCGUGCUGGAGCAGAACACCGGCGGCAGCGAGGGCUGGUGGCUAUGCUCAUUACGAGGCAGACAGGGGAUAUGUCCGGGCAACAGACUGCGCAUCGUGGCGGGUGUUUUCGAAGCUGGCGCAGUGACGCAGCGUCGACGCACGCGUACGCCCGCAGCCACCCCUAACCCUACGCCCGUAGCGCACCAGCCCUUACCCGCACACCAUUCACCGGCAUUCACUAAAAUCGAAGAAUGUUCACACUACGACGUGCCUCGCGCGCCUCUGCCAGUAACCCGGGGUACAUACGACUGUCCGCGGCCGCUCGGGGACUGGUACGACGCCCCGAGAGCGCCGCGGCCAGCAAGCGCGGACUCCGCGUGCAGCGGCACAGGCUCCCUUACCUCCGCCACCUCCAGUGCUUCCGCCAAUUCCGCGAACUCUGCAAACUCCGGACACUCAGCGAACUCCGCGCACUCCGCCGCAUCCACCUCUAGCACGUACGACGUGCCCCGCUCGAGGGCACUGCCUCUGCCCUGUGAUGCGGCAUUAGAAGCUUUAGAGAGGUUACAGGAGGAGGCGUCGGCGGCGGUGUCGCGGCUGCUGUCGCAUGUGUCGCCGGGCUGGCGGCGGCGCGGCGCGCUGCGGCCCCGCGUGCUCGACGUGCGCGUGGCGGGCGCCCGGCUGCGCGCCGCGCUACACGACCUCGCCGUAUUCGCGGACGCCACACUCGCCAACGCACAUGAUGCACAAGACAAAGGUAUCGCAGUGAAGCUGCGGCCGCUGGUGAAGGCGCUGAAGGACGCGGAGCGCAUCACGCACGAGGCGACGAGCGCGCUGGACGCGGGCGACUGGGCGCCGGAGCGGCUGGAGCGCGACCGCGAGCCCACCGAUGGCUCGCAGGACGCGCUCGACCAGCUCGUCGCCUGCGCGCGCUCGCUCACAGAGGACGUCCGCCGCGCGGCCUCCUUCAUACACGGCAAUGCUUCCCUACUAUUUAGGCGAUCACUGGCGCCGGAACACGAAUGGACUGAGGAGUACGACUACGUGCGACUGGAGUCGCGGGCGGCCGCCUCGCGCCGCCACGCGGAGAUUCGCGCCGCGCUGCCAGACAAGCUGCGGGCCUCAUUCGACGCCCUGCUGCGGGACGCCGACCACGCCGGAGAGGUGAGCGCGGUGGCGGCGGCGACGCUCCUGCCGGCGGACGACCGGCAGCUGGCAGCUUUCUACGCGGCGCAGACCGCCACGUACGGCGCGCACCUCGCCACUGCCGUCGACGCCUUCCUGCGCACCAUCGACAUGGGCCAGCCGCCGGACGUCUUCCUCGCGCACGGCAAGUUCGUCGUUCUCAGCGCGCACAGGAUCGUGCAUGUCGGCGACACCGUGCACAGGAGCGCUCAACACGCAGGUCUAAAAUCCCAAGCAUUGCGAUGUUCAGACGCAUUAUCUGAUGCGCUCGCGGUGACGGUGGCGAAGACGAAAGCUGCGGCGCAGCAGUUCCCGUGCGCGAGCGCGGUCGCCGAGAUGGCGGAGGCCGCGCGGACGUUAGCUGCGCGCGCGCAAGAGCUACGCCGCGCGCUCUGCCGCGCCGCGGAGCCCCCCACGCUCUCGCCCGCCACCCCCGCCACUCCCGCCACCACCGUGCCGCCCUCCGCGCCCGCCACGCCCCUCACACCCCUGGCGCCCGCGCUGCCCGCACUACACAUAUAAGACGACUAACACAUUUUAAUACUUUAUUUUGUGAUGUUUCGUGCGAAUACUAGAUGAGUCUAGUACAGUGGAUAAUGGUUUUGAGAUAGACCAAUGAAAUGAUAGUUAACGUCCCACAAUAAAACUGUAAUUGCAACCAACAGUGUUGCUAACAAAACGAAGCUUUUUGUAUUGUAGUAUUCAAUAUUAAUAUGAGACAAUACAGAACGUGUACUAAAUUCGUGAAACUUGGUAUCGUUUAUGUUAACGUUUUUUAAAGAAUUUAUGUUAUGGUUUUUCAGAAUCGUUUUCAAAGCAUAUACACAAACAUUUUUGUAAGCCAUUGGAAUAGUAUCAAAAAAUGUCAUCGAAGAAAUAAUUUUCUUAAGCCGGAGUAAUGUAUUUAUUUCAUAAACCAUGUGAUAGUGGAAUAUUUAAAAUAAUUCUUCCACAUCGAAGUACAUUGUAAGCGCCUAGGAUCAGAUAGCUUUGCUUGAAAAUGUCGAUAUUAAGAUAUGACUUAGUAACUACAUCGUUCUCCUUAUAUUGUAGCAUUGUACAAAUGACACUUUGUAUUAACACGUUCACUGCCGAUUCGCAAUUAGUUUGCCUUAAUUUUAUUCCAGUGGUGGCGAAUUAGUGGAACAAAAGUAUGGCAUGUACAGUGUUAAAAUCAGUAGUAAUUUUUGUUACAUAAAUUAUAUUACGGUUAUAAAAUUUAACAUAAAAAGAGUGACAUUUGUACUAUGAAAUAAUAAAAGAAUAUAAAAGUACGCGUGAAGUUCGCGCUUCGCUUUUGGCAGCGGUUGUGUUAAAGAUGCGUCUGGAACGCUAUAGAACUUUAUCGUUGGUUAAAAUUGCCGAAACAAUUCACAUUGUAUAUUGUCAUCUCUAUCAUUCUUGAUAACCAAAAUGCGAUAGUAAUAUAUUUGCGUAAUAUUUCGGCAAUUUAAAUCCACGAUUAGUGUGUAAAUAAUUGUUCUAUGUUCGCUAGCUAGAUAAUUAACGAUUAAUUAAACUGUAAAUCUCCUACAGUACGCGGCAUUUAAGUUGGCACAUCUGGUAGAAGAGCACAUUGCUCAAAUCGAUUUGUUUGUAGAGCGCUUUCUCUGUCGCACAUUGCUCUUCUUAACUGACGGCACAUUACAUAGCAAUAGACAGAGAUAACGCUUUACAAAUCGUAAUCUCUCUCUUUCCUCCCAACUCAAAUACCGCGUAUUGUUUGAUUCAAAGACAAUGAAUAUAAAAUAAUUGUUAAAGCGUAAGUACGCCGCGCAAAAACAUAUCUAAUAAGGACAAAUGGAAUUGCUGUAACUAUAGAUAAAUUUGUACUUAAUUUUAGGAAUAAAUAUCAUCGAUGAAAACAUAAUGCACAUUGUUUUGUGCACUGCAUUUGUAUAGGUUACAACGUAGUAUAUUGAGUGUAUUUUGAUUUGUGUGAGAAAUAUAACCAAAGAAAACUGCGAUAGGAACAUUCAUCAACAUAGACUGCCAAUAACGAGACAAAUAUAUAAAAGAGUUUCUAUUAAAUGUUAAAAAUAUACAAAUAAACCAAGGCUGCUGUUAUUUUAAUUCUAAUGGAAUUUUCCAGAAUUAGCGUGUUUGCUGGAUACACAGAUGCCUCUAAUUGAGUUGUCCGUCCAGUUUUAUAAAUUUUUGCAACAAGCAACAAGUACGUUGUUUUUUAUGGAUUGGAUAUCUGUACAUCUAAAAACUUGAUUAUAUAGAAAAAUUUGAACAUCGAGUUAAUACUUUCACUGCCAACUUACCAAGUUAUCUUUUAUACGAAAAAAAA